AUGACGAACCAGCCCGGCCAGCGUCCAGUCUUGUACAGCCAUGGCCAUGGCUACCACGCCGUGCAACAGCUGCCAGCUUCUCAAAGGCUCCCAAUCGAGAUAUUGCUUGAUAUCUACUCGCUGUUGGAUCCAUGCGACUUCAAUUCCUCGCGGCACACCUGCCGCUCCUGGAUGGUAGCCGGCACGAAUGAGACUAUUCUUGGCCGCAUGUUGUCGAGGGGCGGGUGGACCUCGAGCAUCAAUAGCAUACUUGGCCAUCAAGCUUCCAGCAACACGGACAAGCCGGUGCCAAGUCGAGCGUCUGUCAUGUCCAAAUGGCUCACGAGAGAAUGCACUCUCGGCCCGCGUCACAACGGGAGCAAGCCCGCUUUCGUCGAAAUCGGCCAGACGCACUUCAUCGGCGGUUCUCCGAUAUCUACCAGCGACGAACGAAACAUUGUCUACACCGCAAGUAUGUGCGGUCGAUACUUGAUGGUCACCCACGGAUGCACCAUCCUGAAGGAGCACUCGAAUUAUCGCAAGAGUCGCAAGGGCCAACUUCGACUUAUCACUGCCAUUACCUGCGGAUCUCCUGUACUUGCCUGCGCCAUGGACACGACAUGGGCACGCAACCAUGUUGCUGUGCUCGUCCAAGGCCGUCUCGGCCUUGUCUUCGAAAUUCAAGGGCUACCCGUAUUGCCCAUCAAGUACUCAACCCAAAACAAACUGUGUAACUGUGACACACAGCAAGUAUCGCACUCCCUGCCUUUGCAGGCAAAGCUACAAUCCACCCACUACAACGUGGGCACGGCCGACUGUCCUCCUCGCUCCGUCGCCAUUUGCCCUCAUCGUUCUUACGUCGCCUUUGGCAGCUCUUCGGCUAUCGAGAUACAUAACAAUGAUAGAAGUGCAAAGCAAAAUGCCCGCCGCUUUGCUUUGUCCACACCCAGCGACUACAUCUAUUUCCUUCCUCCGGGUGACGCAAACGACCCAAGACGCAAACUUCGCCUGAUCAGCGCCGCGUCAAUCUCAGACUGCCACGCCGGCUCGCUGCAAGACGUAUUGGGUGGUCUUGGCUUCAAUGAAAUCGACUUUACCCCCCAGGUCCCGGUUAUCAUCUCACGACUUGAGACGUCUGAACUAGAGGAAGACGCUUCGAACGUCUAUACCAUCAUGGAGCAGCAGUUGUCCGCCUCCCUCGGUCCCUUUGCCAAUCAAAGAAGCCAGUGGACAAGAACGGGAAGAGUCCUCCCAAGGCCUAGAUUAUCCACUGCCGACAACUAUCGAGCCGUGCCCUUGAGCGAUGGGUCUCACAUCCUUUUUACAGACCCCAAGACUAGGUACCUGAGCCUGGUUUGUGAUGAUCCCAAAUGGUCGAGGGCUGGCAUUGUGACCAAGGUGAAGUUUUGUCCACCAGCGGCAGCAUGCGAAAGUGCGCCGCUCAUGUAUGCCGUUGGGAGGGACUUGGUACAUGGUGUGAGAAUUGCUGCCGUUUUCUCAACAACACGGUGGACGGAAGGAGAAGGGUUCCAACCAGGGGAGCAAAUUCUCGCUUUCUAUACCAUCCCACCAGAUAUGUUCCGAGAUCUCUCAAGCACUAACAGCCUCCUGAGUUUGGUCGACAGCCAAGGGGAACAUCAAUGGGCUCAUUGGUGGCCGACAUUGCAGCAUACAGUUCAACAAUUCCUCAAAGCCAAGAACGGCGGAUUGAACAGCAAGGACAACCGGAACCCAAGGCCAAAGUUUCCAAUUGAUGUCUACGGCCAAGUCGUUGCCGUUUGCUCCGGCAUCGUCGACCUUUCGAUGGGAUUAGGCCCUGAUAUGAUGAUCUGGGCAUUUGGAAGGGAGGGCUUGGCUCGUUGCUGGGCAUUGAACACCGGAAACACCAAGCUCGUGCGAAGGCAUGCAAUCUUGGGUGACGGAAGCAUGCGAAAGGUGGACGGCGAUGGGGAUUUGACGAUGUUGUAG